CCCGCCGGCCUUCCCGUGCUCCCGGGGCACCGUGGAUAACUGCGGCCGCCCCCGGCCUCCUCCUCGGCCGUCGCUUCUCCCCGCUGCCCUCGGGCCUGCCACGAGCUGCCGCCACAGUCUCAUCCCCUGGCCCGCGUCCUGGGACGUUCUGGCUAACAGAAAGCCGACUGCUGCUUGGAUGGAGCAUUCCCUCCCUAAACGCCGCUCAGGACCGUGUCCACCACUGCAUCCCCGGGCCUCAGGGGGCCUGGCGGGCGUGGGGUCGCCAGGGCCUCAGCGGCUCCCGCCCUCCCCUUGACCCAGCCGUCCCGGGCCUGGCACAACUCCUGUGGACAGACCCCCUCCUCCAACCCCACCCCCAGGCCCAGGAGGAAACCGAGGCGGGAAGGGCCUGACGUCACACAGCUGCAGGACAGGGGCUGAGGCGAGACCCAGCUCCGUGCAGGCCUCUCCCCGGCCCCGCAGAGCCCGCUUUUCCCCAGGACGGGGCCGGGGGAGCGGGGAGGAGGGUGCAGGCGUGUCCCGCAGCAGCCGACUCCGGCUGGUUUCCCCUCACGGGGAGCAGGCCCUCCACCAGGGACCAGAUCCAAACCCGUCCAACUGCCCCGGACGACCCAGCACCGGGCGACUAUCCACUCCAACGCGUUACGCAACCCGGCCCCCAGCGAGUGACUGCAACAGGCCGCUGGGCCGCAGACAAGCAGGCGGAGGCGCAGGGCGGGGGGACUGGGGGCGGAUUUUUGCUUUGCUUUGUGUCUCGUUUCUGCUCCCCAGCCCGGCUCGGGCCCUGAGGUUGCUAGGUGGGGAAGGAGGCAGGUGAGGGGGCCCCGGGAGACACCCCCUAUCAGGGUCCGGGCUGAGCAGGCCCCGGGCGAGGGGAGGCCUUUCCCGGCCGUGUGGGCACACGUGCCGCCGGCCGAGCUGUGACCCCCCCCCCAGUAGGACCCUGAUGAGAAAGUCCACCCUCCCCGUCUGAAGCCCAGUGGUGUCUGGUCCAAGAGUCACGAACAGGAUCACCCCCGUGCGCCCGGCACACAGGGCCGUCACUUGGGGGCGGGGAGGGCCCCACUCCCCCCCAGCCUCCUCUGUGCACAGGGUCCCCUCCCUCGUCAGCAGGGCUGGGGGACGGGCUUGAAGAGGAGCCCGCCGUGGGGACCCUCACGCCCCGUGGCCCGCCCACCCGCCAGGGAUCUUUUCUCACGCCCAGAUGGUGAGCCCAGCCCGAGGCCAGACCCGGGGACCCCAGACCCCGCCACCACGUGCUCCGUCUUCCCAGCAUGAGCCAGGCCGUUCCCCCCCACCCUACAGAGACCCAGCGAGGCAGCACCUUAUUCUCUCCAUUUCAGUGAUGAAGAAACCAAGGCUCGGAGUGCUUGAGUAACUUGUGGCCCCCUGCUCCCCAGUGGGGGCACCCCCAAAAGCCUGACGCUGUGCCACCCACCCGGGACCAGCCCCACAGGGUUGGGGCAGGGAAGCUGGACGAGGGUGGGUCGGCCUCCCGAGAAGGCCCCUAGCCCGUCCCAGACCGCCUGGGGUGGCAGGGAAGGAGCAGAGGCCAGCAGGGUUCAUGCUUCCCCGGCCACCAGGAAAAGGAGGCCUGGUCUGGGACAGCCUGAGCCCGGCUCCCACAGCGAGAGCUCUGGUGGGCCCCGCUCUGGCUCCCCGUGGGGACACAACCCUGCCUCCUCUCUUCGGAGGCAUCCAGGUCCAGCAGCCAUCCCAGACCUCGUCCCCCAAACCCGGCUGUGGUCAAACCACCCCCCCCAAGGGCUUAUCUGACACCCUUAGGCUGACACCCUUAUCUGACACCCUCACAGCCUCUGCUCCCCUGGGACCAGGGAGCCACAAAGCUUUCCAAAGAAUGCAGACUCCAGGGCAGGGCAGAGCCAGGGCCCUGGGAGGAAUUCCCCGCACAGCUGCAGGUUGCACAACGGGCCAGGUCUCUACCUGCCUCUGCAGUGUUGCAAGGACCCACCGCCCUUCAGGCUGGAGAACAGAGCGAGGGCAGAGGCCGGUGCUUCCCCCACCCUCAGGGGGGCAGGGUCCGGGCCUCCCAGACCUCGCAGCACUCAGCCCUGGCCACAGAGGACGCCUUGCAAACCUCUCUGCAGUUGCCAGGGCUCCCUGCCCCCUACAAGUCAGACUGGCCGCCUGGCCCAGCUGCGGAGCUCAGAUGCCCAGACCGCCAGGCACCGCUCACCCUGACCCUGGGGACCCACAGCACAGAGCCUGGGACCUGGGCCUGCACUUCCCCAGGCCUUCUCCCGCCAGCCUGUUCAAGGAGGGGGGAUGCAGGGUAACCGGCGGCGGCAUCGGCGAACAAUUCUGGAGGAGUGAUGAUGACCACGGACACGGCCUCGCCAUUCAGCUCCUGGUGACAGAGCUCAAUCCCAGUAGCCGCGGACGCCGGCAGGCCCAGGACGGCAACGGCGUGGCACACACCUCUCCUGCCCCUGAUCUCCCUGCUCGCCAUCACUGCACCUCUCCGAGGCCCCAGAACUUCUCCCGCUGAGCCCCUGGCGGCCACGACCACACCUGUGGAACACUGCCCCGAACUGCAGACACAGCUUUCUAAAAGCACCCUCAGCGUGGCUCGGAGAUGUGUUUGGAGCUGUCCAUGAGUCUUUCCAACAUCACCAGGGAGACGUCAGGCAUGCCAAGUCACAGAUGGCUCGGCUCGCCAAACAGG